GGCUGCGUGGGUUUCCCGGAUGGAGUAGCGUCGCCAUCUUUAUGUCAGUGCUACCGGUGGGUCCUCAGUUCAGCGGAGCGACCGUGCUGUUGCUGAUCCACCACCAGGCAUCGCCGAGCAGCCGAUAAUCCUCCCUUUCCUCUGGGACGCCACGAGCAGCCCCAACACCCGAGCACCAUGGCGGACAGAGAGAACUUAGUAUACCAGGCAAAACUCGCCGAGCAAGCGGAGAGAUACGACGAAAUGGUAGAGUCGAUGAAGAAAGUGGCCAGUAUGGACGUGGAGCUCACGGUGGAGGAGAGGAACCUGCUGUCAGUAGCAUAUAAGAACGUGAUCGGUGCUAGAAGAGCUUCCUGGAGGAUAAUUAGCAGCCUGGAACAGAAAGAAGAAAACAAAGGCGGAGAAGACAAACUAAAGAUGAUCCGGGAAUACAGGAAAACGGUCGAGAAAGAGCUGAAAUCAAUCUGCAACGACAUUCUGGAUGUACUGGACAAGCACCUCAUCUUAGCCGCAACCACGGGAGAGUCUAAGGUUUUCUACUACAAAAUGAAGGGAGAUUACCACAGGUACCUGGCAGAGUUUGCUACGGGCAACGACAGGAAGGAGGCAGCAGAGAACAGUUUGGUUGCGUACAAAGCUGCUAGCGACAUCGCCUUGAUCGAACUCGCUCCAACGCACCCCAUUCGUCUGGGAUUGGCCCUUAACUUUUCAGUUUUCUAUUAUGAAAUCCUCAACUCGCCAGACCGUGCUUGCAAGUUGGCGAAGGACGCGUUUGACAAUGCCAUUGCAGAACUGGAUACGCUGAGCGAGGAAAGCUAUAAGGACUCAACACUUAUCAUGCAGUUGCUACGUGACAACUUGACACUAUGGACCUCAGACGUUCAGGGAGAUGAUUCUUAAGGACAGCCCUCUUCCUUCACUCUUCCAUUAUAGAAGUGUAUUUUGUGAAGAACAGAACAAAGAAGCACUGCAAGAUGCGGAGGAAGAGACCCAGUGAGACUGAACAACACAAGACAAGCCCUCUUCUUCUUCUUCCUCCUCUUCCUCCUCCUCCCUUGUUUCUCUCCUCCCAGCACUAGCUUUUGUCCCCAGCCACAGUUUUCAACUGGGUUUAUACUGCAGCCCACACUCUUUCUCUACCUUUCCCUCCAUUUCUGCCCAUCCGUCUCACCCUUUCUCCUCAUAUGCAUGUCAUGUCCCAGUCCCCCCUCAGGGCCCGCUCGGGUCUCCAUUUCCACUUCCCAGGAGUUUUACCUUAUUUUUUAAUGACUAAUUUUGCAAGCCUGUACCCUUUAAGGUUCAUGUCCUCUUUUACGGUUUUUAUUUUGCUUUACUUCGCUGUAUCAUUUGUUGCCAAGUUCGCUUGCCUGUAUUUGUAACACACAUAUGCAAGAGUUUAUUUAAAGACGAUACUUUGCUGUUCAACUUUUUCCUGUAUUUGUGUGUUUAUGAACAAUUUAUCGUCCAUGCUUCUGUCAGUCAGUCAGUUUUGAAACAUUUCAGUUCGCAAAUUGAGGAAAUAAAGUGGUGAUGGAAGACUUACAAGGGAUGUGUGAAAGCGUUUAGGAAGAACUAAGUGCCCUCUUUACUUUGUGGUUACCAAACCUGCUCUUUCAACACAUCAAUAGGUCUUUUUUUUUAAUGACAAAGGGCAGAAUGUCCCCCCUUCUCCUAGCAUCACUCUGACCUCUAUUCUUGUCCACUCUCGGACCAAGUAUUGUGCUGCGAGGCUGUAGCGCUUUUGCUAAUGGCAGAUAGUUGGGUAAUGGCUUUUUAGCAGACAAAAUGUGCGUAUGUGUGUGCGUGGGAGGGGAAUGCUCAACACUCUUGAUUGUAAUAUAAUGCAGUUUUGCAUUGGCACCGUAUAAAAAAAAAAGUUUGGGAAAUAGAGGCCUGCUGUAUCCUUACUCCCCUGACUCUUUCAGGUUUCCUUGUCUCAAUUCUGUCUCUUUCCUACUCCUCAUUUCCUCUCUUCCUUCUGUUCGGUAUGUGUAACGUGAAUCUGAUUUGUACUACUGGAUAUUCUCACCGGAGCCACAAGUACCAUCUGUAUUCUUACUGAAACACAGCAUGGAAUUAACAUUAAACUUCAGAUUGAAAAAUGUUAAA